UUUCAGAAAGAAGAACUGAAAAAAAUAAAAAAAAAGCACAGCAACAAAUUAUUAAUCAAUAUUAUCUUUUAGCUGAAUUACAUAGUCAAAAUAUAAAUAAAUAUAAAAUUGAUCUUAGUUUAUAUUUAUCAUCUUGUGGAUUAAGUAUAAAUGGAAUUGAUUUUUUAAUAAAAGCUGGAAUAACUAUAAGUUCAAAAACAUUAUAUACUUAUAAAGAAAAAAUUAAAAAUAAUCAUUUAUUGAAAAUUAAUGAAUAUUUUGCUUCUCAU